AUGGCGUGCGGUCGCCCCGCGCUUAUCGUCAAGGACGACAACGUCGAGAUUAUCGAUGACCCUCGCCGUCUGCCACCCAGACCAGACCGAAGCCAGCGUCGGCCGCGUAGCCCAUCCAAAGAACGCUCGCCCAGCAAGCGCCACAAGGCAGGUACCGGCGAGAACGGCCUCGUCCCCUACAGCCUGCCGCGCGAUUCAUUGGGCAACGCGAUCCAUUCGACUGUUGUCUUCGCAUUACAAGACGCGCGAAAGAGCCGGCGGGGCGCCUCCAACCCUCGUCGCGGUCGGAUGAAGGAGUUCAUGCUCCCGCAGUCGCACCAUUCGUGCCAUUACCUCCACCCGCUGCUGCCGGCGGGUUUCGACUGGGAUAAGUUGCUCUGUGCCUGCGUCUACUUCUCCGGCUUCGAUAGCGCCAAGACAGUAUUCCGCGUCACGCUGCAGCGCGGCAACGUCCCGCUCGCGGCCGGCUGCAUAGGACGAAGCGGAGAGUUGUUUUGGCUUUCCUGGAGGUGCGGGUGA